CCUCAAAACAAAGGGGAUAUUGUGAGCGAUUUCAUUUCACACCUUCUUCAGGAAAUAAUUGUCUUUCAAAAUAGAUGUUGAAUUAUUGUAAUCCUCAUACUCGGCAUGGUGAGUUCCAUUUGAGAUGUAACGUUUUGCGUACCUUACCGACUAACAGAAUCCGUGAUUUUUAUCAAGGUAUCCGCCGUUACAACAAUGUCGAAAGUGCUGGUUCUGUUCACAAAAAGCGACACGAAGGACAGCAAAAAACUCAGGGAUUAUCUUCAAGUCAAGAUAGGAAGUGGAGUGAAUUUAACCACCGAGGAAGAGAUAAUCGCAGCAGACUUAGACACCAACAACGAGUUGACAAACACAGGCUGUGUGCUCCUAGUAUCCUCGAAACAGUCCUAUGAAUUCAUCAAAAGCAAAACCUGCGAGAAAACAGGCGAAUUUGUAGUGUUCAACGGAAAACUAGUACAGGAACACAUCGAAAAGAAAUCCUUAUUGGAAAGACUGAUUGUGGUACAAUUUGGGAGAAAGAUUCUUGUAGAUUAUAUUCCCCCUGGAUUUGACAACAAAAGGGUUUUCCCGAUAAAUCCUGAUCUAUUGAAUGAUGAAUUGUCAAAGGAAGAUGUCGGUGAGCGCGAGGCCGUAUUGAACCAAAUUAUUGACACGAUAAAGGGAACGCUGAGCUUAAAGCUUUCGGGGAGAUCCUCCGACAAACCAAGCAAACAUGAAAAGGGAAACUGUUCGCAAAUGUAGACAGUAGAUUGAUUGUCGUAAAUUCUAGGUCUGUCGUGUGCUUACGAUUGUAAUUUGAGAUAAUUUGUUUUUUACAUGACAGGUAAAUAGCGCGAAAAUUAUGAGUCAGAGUAAAAAUCAUUAAAAUGAGUUUAUAUACGUA